GGAUUUGGGAGAAAGGGGAGUGCAAUGCAAGACUCAGGGGGGGGGGGGGACUAGAGGAGGAAAGGCAGGGCUGCUGCAGAAAGGGGAGGGGGAGAGAAGAGAAGCCCCCCCCCCCACCAGCUUCCUUCCCCAAAUAAAGCGCUGAGAUCCACACGGCAUGGGAGGAUCUUCUUUUUUGUAACAUGUAUCCCAAACGCUUGAUGGUGCUACUGCGGUUGAACUCAAUAACAAACGCCACCGAAUCUUUGUAAUGUUUAUUUUGCAUUUCUGCUAAGGACCGACGUGGCUUUCUAUUGGUUUUUGGACUAUCCGAAUGUAGUUGAUGAAGAGAAGGGGACGUGUGGGGAGAAAAAGAUCUGGAAUGCAUGAAGACAAGACCAUGACAGAGGUCAAAGAGGAGGACUUCCUACAGGAAGGCUCUGAGCCAGAAGAAAUGUUUGAGGCUUCUCCGGGAAGAUUGCCUGAGGAUAUGUUCUUCCAAAGUACAACUGAAGAAGGAGAUAUGUGGGAGACAGAUAGUGAAAUCGAAACUUUUCUGGUAUCUGAGGAAAGUGAGAUGAAUCUGGAAGUUCAAGGAAAUGUUGAGAGUCAUGAUGGCCCCAAGCAGGAGGACAGAAACCAUCUGGAUAAAGGACACAGUAAAUCAGUUCCUUAUCACAAUGGCAACUACCGUGGAGCGAUGCAAGAAGGGAAAAGAAGGAUUGAAUGCUCUACCUGUGGGAAAACCUUUGCUAGUAUACCAAACCUUAAAGCACACUGGAAUAUCCACACAGGGGAGAAACCAUAUGACUGCUUGCAGUGUGGGAAGAGAUUCAGUCAAAGUUCAGCUCUUCGGGUGCAUCAGAGAACCCACACAGGGGAGAAACGAUACAAAUGUUUUGAAUGUGGAAAGAAGUUUGCCUACAGUGCGUACCUCAUUGUGCAUCAAAGAAUCCACACAGGAGAGAAACCAUACAAAUGUCUGGAGUGUGGAAAGAGGUUUUGUACAAAAUCGAAUCUUACCGCACACCAAGGAACCCACACUGGAGAGAAACCCUAUAUAUGUUUGGAGUGUGGAAAGAGGUUUAUUGUCAGAUCACGUCUUGUUAGACACCAAAAAAUCCACGCACGGGAGCGACCGUAUCUUUUCCAUAAGCCUGGAAAGACCUUCACCCACAGCCAGCAUCCAAGAACCCGCAGAGGUGAAAAACCGUAUAAAUGUUUAGAAUGUGGGAAGAGCUUUAUUGCGAGCACCAACCUCAUAGAACAUCAAAGUACCCACACAGGCGAGAAACCAUACAACUGUCUAGAAUGUGGGAAAAGCUUCAGUCAGACCUCAAGCCUUGCCAUCCAUCGAAGAAUCCACACGGGGGAGAAAUUAUACGAAUGUUCGGAAUGUGGGAAAAAGUUAACGACAAAUGCCAACUAUAUGAAACAUCAACUGCUCCAUCAAGGGGAAAAACCAUAUAAAUGCCUGGAGUGUGGAAGGAGCUUUAGUCUGAGUGAAAGGCUUACGAACCAUCAAAGAAUCCACAAGGAGGCGAAACCCUUUCAAUGCCUGGAGUGUGGAAAAAGCUUCAGUCACAGUAUCACUCUUAAAAGACAUAAAAACAUGCAGACAGGGGAAUGUAAAAUGGGUGCCGGUCAGAUGCAAAAGAAUCCAAGAUCUCAAACCAAGAAGAAACCAUAUCAAUGCCUGGAGUGUAAGAGUUGCUUCAGUCACAACUCAAACCUUCUUAGACAUCAACUCAUUCACACUGGGGAGAAGCCCUUUAAAUGCCAAGAAUGUGGGUUUGGCUUCAGUCAGCACUCAAACCUUAUGAGACAUCUGCUUAUUCACACUCGGCAAAAACAGUAGAUAUUUUCCGCCUUGGGAAAAGGUCCAUGAAUGAAGCAUAGUGACGUAGAAGUGGUUAAUGAGGUAGCUCUGAAAACAUUGUAGGAAAACAUAUAUUUUAUUUGCGGGGUCCUGCAGUAUAAGUUUUGCUAAUGUAUAACCACUCAUCUACUCCUACAGAAACUUACCUUCUCAUUACAGUCAUCUUCGGAACUCUGUUUUGGGUAUUCCUGCCAUCUGAGUCUAGAAGGGUAGCAACUUGAAGGAAGGGUCUUCUUGGUGGUGGUGCCAAAUCAAUGGAAUUCCUUCACUAUAGAGAUUCUUCUGUCCUCUUAUCUGGGGAUGGGUGGGGGAGGGGAAACACAUGUAUGGGACAAUUCACACAUAUACCCUGGACCUUUUGGAGACUGAGUCUUGGUGUGGAGACUGCAGGUUGAUGCAGCAAUUGACCAUUAAAGAAUGAGACCCUUGUUCUGAAAAA